AAUUCAUUCAUCUCUCUUUUUCGUAUACUCCGUUUCUCUGUUACUCUUUUUUUUCUUUCAUUUCUCUGUUUCGUGCUCUUUAUUUCUUAGGAGGGGGCUCCAUUUGGCGCUCUCUUUUCUCUCUCUCUCUCUCUCUCUCUCCACGUUCAAUCCAUUGCUAGCUACUUUUUCUCCUGUGAGUUGAAACCUGUCUGAGAUUUCGUUGGUCGAUCCAUCAACUGCCAUGGCCGAACGUGUUCUGACCCGUGUUCACAGCCUCCGUGAACGCCUUGAUGCUACUUUGGCUGCCCACCGCAACGAUGUUUUGCUGUUUAUGUCGAGGCUUGAAACCCAUGGGAAAGGGAUCCUGAAACCCCACCAACUUUUGGCUGAGUUUGAAGAAAUUAACAAGGAUGGUAAACAAAAAAUUCAUGAUCAUGCCUUUGAAGAAGUCCUGAAGUCCACACAGGAAGCAAUUGUGUUGCCCCCCUGGGUUGCACUUGCUAUUCGUCUCAGACCUGGUGUCUGGGAGUAUGUUCGAGUCAAUGUCCAUGCACUCGUUGUUGAGGAGUUAACCGUGCCAGAGUACCUGCAUUUCAAGGAAGAACUCGUUGAUGGAAGCAAAAAUGGGAAUUUUGUUUUGGAACUGGACUUCGAACCAUUUACAGCCUCUUUUCCCAAGCCAACUCUAACUAAGUACAUAGGCGACGGAGUUGAGUUCCUCAACAGGCACCUCUCUGCCAAAAUGUUCCAUGACAAGGAGAGCAUGGCCCCUCUCCUUGAUUUUCUCCGUGUUCACCAAUACAAGGGCAAGACAAUGAUGCUUAACGACAGGAUCAAGGACCUUAACACUCUCCAAGCAGUUCUGAGGAAGGCAGAGGAGUACCUAACAACACUCUCUGCAGAUACACCAUACUCUGAAUUCGAGCACAAAUUCCAAGAAAUUGGACUGGAGAGAGGUUGGGGUGAUACUGCUGAGCGUGUCUUGGAAAUGAUCUGCAUGCUUCUGGAUCUUCUGGAGGCUCCUGACUCGUGCACACUAGAGAAAUUCCUAGGGAGAAUCCCUAUGGUAUUCAAUGUUGUUAUUCUUUCCCCCCAUGGAUACUUUGCCCAGGAAAACGUAUUGGGUUAUCCUGAUACCGGUGGCCAGGUUGUUUACAUAUUGGAUCAAGUUCCUGCCUUGGAGCGUGAGAUGCUGAAGAGGAUAAAGGAACAAGGACUUGAUGUCAAGCCACGCAUUCUAAUUAUAACUAGGCUGCUACCUGAUGCCCCUGGAACCACUUGCGGUCAACGGCUUGAGAAAGUAUAUGGAUCAGAGUACUCCCAUAUACUCAGAGUCCCCUUCAGAACUGAGAAGGGAGUUGUUCGCAAAUGGAUCUCUCGCUUUGAAGUUUGGCCCUACAUGGAAACAUUUACUGAGGAUGUUGCAAAAGAAGUCACUGCAGAAUUACAGGCAAAGCCAGAUUUGGUUAUUGGUAACUACAGUGAGGGUAACCUUGUUGCCUCCUUGCUUGCUCACAAGUUAGGUGUAACACAGUGUACCAUUGCUCAUGCUUUGGAAAAAACCAAGUAUCCUGAUUCUGAUAUUUAUUUGAGCAAAUUUGAUGAGAAGUACCACUUCUCAUGCCAGUUCACUGCGGAUCUUAUCGCAAUGAACCAUACAGAUUUCAUUAUCACUAGCACUUUCCAAGAAAUAGCUGGAAGCAAGGACACUGUUGGGCAAUAUGAAAGCCAUAUGGCCUUCACAAUGCCAGGAUUAUACAGAGUUGUACAUGGCAUUGAUGUUUUUGAUCCAAAAUUCAACAUUGUCUCACCUGGAGCUGAUACAAACCUCUACUUCCCACACACAGAGAAGGAAAAGAGAUUGACAUCUUUCCAUCCUGAAAUUGAGGAGUUGCUUUUCAGCGAUGUGGAGAAUGAGGAACACCUAUGUGUGCUAAAAGACAAAAAGAAGCCUAUCUUAUUCACCAUGGCAAGACUGGAUCGCGUAAAGAAUUUGACAGGGCUUGUUGAAUUGUAUGCUAAGAACCCAAAACUAAGGGAAUUGGUCAAUCUUGUCGUGGUUGGUGGAGACCGAAGGAAGGAAUCCAAAGAUUUGGAAGAACAAGCUGAGAUGAAGAAAAUGUAUUCAUUGAUAGAAACUUACAACUUGAACGGCCAAUUCAGAUGGAUUUCUUCUCAGAUGAACAGGGUUAGAAAUGGUGAACUCUAUCGGUACAUUGCUGACACCAGGGGAGCAUUCGUGCAACCUGCAUUUUAUGAGGCAUUUGGGUUGACUGUGGUCGAGGCCAUGACAUGUGGUUUGCCAACAUUUGCAACCAACCAUGGUGGUCCUGCUGAGAUCAUUAUUCAUGGGAAAUCUGGUUUCCACAUUGAUCCAUACCAUGGUGAGCAGGUCAGCGAGCUCCUUGCCAAUUUCUUUGAAAGGUGCAAGAAAGAGCCUUCUUACUGGGACACCAUUUCAGCCGGUGGCUUGAAGCGUAUCCAGGAAAAGUACACCUGGCAAAUUUACUCAGAUCGGUUGCUGACGCUGGCUGGAGUUUAUGGAUUCUGGAAAUGUGUUUCCAAGCUUGAUCGCCAGGAGAUCCGCCGUUAUCUGGAAAUGUUUUAUGCUCUCAAGUAUCGCAAGUUGGCUGAAGCUGUUCCAUUGGCUGUUGAUCAGUAAGAGUUUGCGGCAGAAAAAGUUGAAGCACGUGGAGGGAGACAAAUAAAUAAAAAAGCUUGAGAUCGUGUAAAAAGAAGAGGAUUGUGUUUUUGUUACUUCUGCUAGUCUUGCCUUUCUUUAUUGUUGGUUGGUUGUGUCUGUUAGUCCCUGUUCAAGUGUCAAUUAGGUUCUUCUUGUAGGUGAUUUUCGUUGGGUUGUUUGCCAUUUCCUUUUCUUUUCCUGCUUUUGGUAGUGCGAGUAAUUGGGCAUUUUCAAAUGUCAUUUUGUAAUAAGAUCAAUUUACCUUCCAUUUCGACAUUAUUAUUAUUUUAUUUUAUUUUUUU